AUGAUGACUGCACCUUCAAAUAAAAUAUCAUUUAUUAUUUCUCAAAAAGGAAAAAAGAUGCUGAAUAUAAACAAUUUCAUCUUUAAAUUGAAUAAGACAACGAGUACAACAAAAUACUAUCGAUGCGAAGAUUCACGUUGUACUGUUACUGUACGUACUGAUCUUGAAGAUAAUAUUUCGAACAUAAAAGGUGAUCAUUGUCAUCCACCUGAACCAGAAGAAAUUCAAAUUCGAGUGUUCAAACAAGUUGUCAAAGCCCGUGCUAUAAGUGAAAGUACAUCUAUUCCACAAAUUUAUGACGAGGAAGCAGCCCGAAUCGGUUUAUCAACAUUAGCAAUUGCUACUUUACCAUCUCGGGGAGAACUUGGUAGUACAUUAAAUAAAGCACGUCGUCUUCAAACACCAUCAAUUCAUAAUUCUCAGCUGUUUGAUAUACCUCAGUCUUAUACUAAAACUUUGAAAAAUUUACCUUUCCUUUGUAUCGAUCAAAUUAUAAAAAGAAAAACUCGAAUACUGGUAUUUGCAUCAGAUGAACAACUAAAAUUAUUGUUCAAUAGUUCCGUCAUCUUGAUGGAUGGUACUUUCUCAUCAUCACCUUAG